UGAAAGCCAUUUUGCUCCGUGUUGGCGAAGUCGACGGCUCCCCCUCAGAGCGGUCCGAGAUUGUAGUUCUCCCUACGCGGUUCGCAACGGCGAUGCCGGCUGUGAGAGAGUGCCCGAUGACGCCCUGCGCGCCUCGGCGUCACGAGUUGGUAGUGCAACCGACGACCCCGAUGCACGAAGGCGGAGGAGACGACAACCAACAGCCGAACAUGCACUUAUCCCCGAAGACGCUGUUCCGAGAACCCGCGGAUGCCGAGUCGCGCAUGCUAGACUCGUCCCCGCCGUCCUCGUCCAGUGACCUGAACAGCUCGACGGACUCCGGAGUCGCGCGGUCGCUGGAGCGAUCGCCCUCUGUGCCCGUUCAGAUGGUGAUUCCCGUGCCUCGUCAGGAGACGCCGCCUUACAAGCGCAUCAGGGCCCUGCGACUCUUCGGGUCCCCGCAGACUCCCAAGACCCUGCUGCAGCGCGCCGAGGCCCCCAGUACCGUUGUCGUGAGCCGCCAGCGUGUCAGCCAGUGCGUCAAGCCUGUGCAGGCGGCCGCAGCGGUGGUCAACGUGAACCCGUUCUCGCCUCUCCAGACGACCCCGCCACCAGAACCGAGACCGAAACGACCCCGAAAGUGCUUCAGUGUUCUCAGAACUCCCGAGAAUGGAACCUACGAGGACCUGUGGGAGUGCUGUGAUGAAGAAAUGGUGCAGGAUUGCAUUGUUAAGGCGCAGCAUAUCACGCGAAUGGAGCCCGGCCAUUCGCGCUACGAGACGGAGUUCCUCGAGCUCAACGAAGUGGGCAGCGGCGAGUUUGGCAGCGUGUACAAGUGCCUGCACCGACUGGACGGAUGUGUCUACGCCAUCAAGAAGUCUCGCAAGCCCAUGCGAGGCACCCAGGAUGAGAAAACUGCCUUGAAUGAAGUCUACGCGCACGCAGUGUUGGGCCAGCAUCCGCACGUUGUCCGCUACUACUCGGCCUGGGCCGAAAACGACCACAUGAUCAUCCAAAAUGAGUUCUGUAAUGGGGGCAGCUUGGCGGACGCCAUCCAGCGUAACGCGCAAGAGGGCACGCACUUCUCGGAGAAGGACCUGCGGAGAAUCCUUCUCCACGUGGCCGAGGGCCUUCGCUACAUCCACUCCCAGAACCUUGUCCACAUGGACAUUAAGCCAGGAAACAUCUUCAUCUCGAGGGUUCCGAUUGCUGUGCUUCCCGAGAGCCAGGACGACGGCUUUGACUCCGGUUCGGAGGGCCCGACUGUCGAAGUUGUCUACAAGAUUGGUGACCUGGGUCAUGUGACCUCAACCAAAAACCCCCAAGUAGAAGAGGGCGACUGCCGGUACCUCUCGAAAGAAGUUCUACGCGAAGACUACUCGAACCUCCCCAAGGCGGACAUCUUUGCACUUGGCCUUACAGUCUUUGAAGCGGGUGGCGGUGGUCCUCUCCCCAAGAACGGUCAGGACUGGGUUGCUAUCCGAAAGGGGAACCUCCCAAAGCUCGAACAAUGUUCACCAGAGUUCAACCAACUGCUUGCUGAGAUGAUCCAGAAAGUGCCGACCCAGCGACCCUCCGCGAGUUCUCUCCUCCACCAUCCUGUGUUGGUGCCCCAUGCCACCAAGUCGAGGGCGCAGCUGCGGAAGGAAUUGAAUGCCGAGCGGUUCAAGAACGAGCUCCUCUCCAAGAAACUGGAAGAGGCGUCAAUGUGUUUGCAGUCCCUGCCCAUCGUCCAUUCGUUGUCGACACAGACGAGCCGCGCCAGUCGGUUUGUUGGCAAGAAAGCCAACCGGAGCCACAGCGUGACCAACUUCUGAGUUUGAGACGGCGCCGGAAACGAGCAACUGUAAAAAGAAAAUACCACCUCUCGCUCGCCCGCCUUCGCGCUCAUUUCUUUUCUCACGUCCCUCCAUUGUUCACCGAGCGACAGUCGCCGCGAUCGAGUUCCAGCGACCAAGCGUGCUCCUCAUGUCACCGAAUCAUUCCGAGUGGUACCUGUUCUCUGCGUUUUUUUUUUUUUUUUUUGCCUUUUGCCGGGGCGAACGACUCCCCGGUUUUGCCUAACUUAAAGAGAGAUUUUGUGCGUGUAACGAGACUGUGAUCGAGACGACAGUCAAGACAAGCCACGCCAGUCUGGAUGGGAACGGACAGUUGACGACGCAGUUGUGGCGGAAACCCGAAAAGUGGACUUUUUUCUUCUUCGACAUUUUAAACAUUUCUCAUGGAGUCCUACCCCAGAUCUCAUGUGUUGUCACACCUUCUUGUUCGUGAAGGAGUGAAUGGUUUGUUCCUUGAAGAUAUUUUUAAAAGAUUUUUUUAAAGAGUCUUUAUCUAAUGCACAGAGCUGCACUUUUUUUAAAGGAAAGUUUAUAAAUGAUUCCAAGAGAAAAGUGCCUUUGUGGGUGUUUGUGCCAUAAGUUAUUGUGAAUGUUUUUUUAAUGAAUUGACUUGGCAUUCUUUGCUGUGUAAAUAAAAGUGAAGUUAGCGACGUAUAUCUUUCUAUUGGUGAAGACAUAAUGUAUAGGUAGCGCGCUGUUUUAUUUGUCAUCUCGGAGAAUAAAAAGAUUUUAUUGAUCAUUACA